CCGUUGGUAACGGACGAAAAAGUUCAGGAAGCAGCUUACAGCAGCUGGUAGUGUUUAUGCCAGGAAGUUUUAGCCAAUGUUUCGGGUUUUUCGGGUGGAUAAAACACAGCUAAAACAAAUUUUUCUGUUCAGUAGAAAAAUGUCUAAAAUACCUACUGAAUGUGGCACGGCAGAUGUUAAAAACAGUGGCGACAACAGGUCGGUUCAUUCGGACACCAUCCAGGAGGUUCACAACGUCCCUAUUCAGGUGAUCAUCAGACCGUUUCCCUCGGAGCUGGACGAGCAGAAAGUCCAAAGUCUGAUGGAUACAAUUAAGGAGACGCCAGACAUCAGCGUUGUUCCUCCCAUUGAUGUUCUUUGGAUCAAAGGCAGAGAGGGAGGAAAUUACUACUACUCCUUCGGAGGCUGUCACAGGUUUGCUGCCUAUCAGAGGCUCCACAUGCCAACCAUCCCAGCCAAACUCAUCAAAUCAAGCAUCACAGACCUCAAGACUUACUUGGGGGCUUCAACGCCUGAUCUACGAUAAUUUUUUUUACUUUUUCUUGUUUUGACUCGCUAUAUCAGAAGUGUCCAACUCCAGUCCUCAAUUGAAUUAUGAAUUUCUGCAGAUUUCUAGUAGUGAGCCACUCAUUUCAUCUAAGUUACAUGUGUAAAACUCAAGGCUCGUGGGCCAAAUCUGGUCCGCCGAAGCUUCUUAUGUCAUCCUCUAGAUUCCAGAGGGACACGUAAAUAGAAACUUCAAGACAACAGGUGGGUAUUUAAAUAUUAUUUUAUCAAUCAAAUCACUUUUUUUUACAUGUAUACUGCCAAAAUACAUCAGUCAGUCCCUCCAGUUUUUGUGACUCUGCAAUUGCGUAAAUUCAACAGAUGCCUGCAAUUUUUUUGCGUUAAUAUAAAAUUGCGAGUUCAUUGCAAAUUUUCCACAAAAGUCAAAAACAUUAAUGUGAUGUUAACUCCCACCAGAAGGUGGCAAUAUGUCUUCCUCCUACUGCACUGCUCCCUCAGCCUUACGUGAUGUACAAGUUAUAGUUCAUGAUUGACAUGGUGAGUAACAAAAAGACAAAUUUACCUUCAGAUAAGCAAAAAAUUGCAAAAUUCCUUGCAGAUAUUUCUAAAUUGGCUCCACAGAAAUGUCUGUGACUUUAAUUUCUUUUUAAAUCACUAAAACAAUUAUGAAAUCCAGGAUGGACUUAUCAGUGUGAAAAGAUACUCAAGAAGGACUUGUUUAAUGGAGACAAACUAUUUAUAAAUAUUUUAGCAGUUAAUGGGUUUGACCUAUAUAUCCUGACAUAACUGGCCGUUUAAUAAAUAGAGGUUUCAAAAUGAAUUUGAAACCCCUGAUUUAGAUGUUUUCAAUCAUUAUAAUAUGUGAAAUGCUUUUGACUCCAGACUUUAGACGUCACAUCACUACUGUUUGCUCGGGAGGAUCAUACUGUGACUGCCAGCUGCAGCAGGUGAUUGCAAUGCACAGUAUUUACCAGCAGGGGGAAACAAAGCUCUGGAUGUACACACAUUCCUCACGUCAAAUCGCUGCAUGUUUAAAUGUUUAGUUUUAUUAAUCAAAUACUUCUCAGUAGAUUAAAGCUGUAUAUACCGUCUUAAAUUUUGCAUAAGAAACUGAAUCCAUGAUUCAUUAUGUGGUUGAUUGUUUCUCUGUUGUGGCAGGUUAAGUUGUUGUAGUUGUGGAUGUAUUUAAAUAAAGAAGAAAAUCUAAUAUUUUCUUCUUUAUUUACUUUAAUUCGACUUAAAUAAAGUCAAAUGAACAACAGAAACAAAUGUAUAAAUAUUUUCUUAUGUUGAACCUUUUUUGUAUUCCAACCACAGCAGGACUCUGCUAUUUUCUAAUAUAUUUUUAAAAAAUUCUGGUGUGGAAUGAAAAGAGUAAAUUAUCAUUUUAAUUAGCCACACAUUCCAUAAAAAACCCCAAUAUUUUAAUAUAUUUAAAAAAAAUUUUUUUACUGUUUGUUAGACAGUUGAAGUUUUCAGAUGUUCUCCCUGUUUCUUUACGAGCAGUCGGCUUUAACUCUGACAUUGUAGACAGCACAGGAGAUUAGAGACCAGAUGUUUUGUUGGAGGAGUCAGAUGUUCAGAGAAUAUCCUGAUGACACAAUGCAAGAUGGUGUUGAGUCUUGCAAAAUUAUCCCAUUCUGCCUGUCAUCAGACUUCUGUUUCCAUCGUCUCUUAGAAGGAUCAAAAAUCCUCCUAACAAAAUAUCAUGUAAAAUCUUUACUAAUUCAUGUACAAUUUAAAUAAUUUGUGUUAUAUGCAGUGCAUAGCAGCAAUAAUUUCAUAAAUACAUAAACUUCCUUGUGUAUGUUUUUAUUUUGAGUUGUUGAGAGUGGCUCACUAAAUCAAGUUGGACAGCUGCUCUCCUGCCUCGGCGGAAGGAACUGAAGUUUUGCCGAAUAACAUAGGUAAAAUAUAGACGAGGCUUUUCCUACAUUAGUGUUCUCACAGUGUGAGCUGGGAGCCGUUUGACGAUCUCCCUUUGUGGCCAUCGAGGAAAUGAAGGGCGACCCGGGGCCAGCUUUAACCGACGGGCCCAAAAGGACUGAAUCGUCGCGUGUGAGAAGAUUUCCUGCAGCUCACUCACUGUCUGGAAGUAACCAUAUCCUCAAAGGGGGUUUGACACGCAAUACCGGUCUGAAAAAACGCAUUGCACCUGUUGCUGCUGGGACCGCUUUCCAUGGGUGGUUUUACGCGUUUUCUCUUUGAGGAUUUCAGCCAGUCAGAGAGCUAAGGGAGAGGAACUGGUUCAGGCCGUGUGAUUUUUUUUUUUUCCUUUGUUUUGCUUAGUUGUCUGUGUUGUUUGUUUAUUUGUAAAAGUGUUGAUUAAUUAUAUUAUUUGUAAACUGCUUACCUACAUUUUAAGAUUUAGAUUUUUUUUUUUACCCUUUACUGUAAGUUUGCUGGAAAAAGUUCAGUUUCUCAUGAACAUAAAAAAAUAAUAACAUACA